CGCAGCGUCGCAGGAAAAUUUAUCGGAUGUCAAGCGAACAGCUGAUUCCUGCCAUUCCCAUGAGCCUAGCCCCGCUCGGGGCUUGACAGUCGGGGCUAUUUCUGCGCCUAGCGCCCCCAACCCCCCGCACCGCACCGCACCGCCACCGUCCGUUCGCGUCUGCGUGCCUGCGGAUGCGGGGUUGUUGCUGUUGCGUAGAACACCAAAGUCGGCUGCUAGGUUGUCUGGGGCAGCUGGCUAUUUCACUUGCCGUCGCGAUACUCUACCAUAUUCCCCCAAAAUGUUUAGUUGAACUGACUUGGGUCGCUGUAAAGUUUGUGGCGUUUAGUACGUAAGGAACCGAGAACAAAAUGAAGAGGAACAAGAUUUACGAGAAGAGCCUAUUCCAUUCAGCCUGCAACCUCCACUAUGAUGAUAUGUCAAGAGCGAAGUUAUUCCGGAGCAGUAAAGCUGACGUGUCCAUCUUACAACGAAUGGGUUUGAUAAAGAAUCUGAGUGUACAUUCAGGAUGUGUCAACACUAUAUCAUGGAAUGAAACUGGGCAAUACUUAUUAUCAGGCUCGGACGAUCAACAUUUGGUCAUAUCUAAUGCAUUCACACACAAGGUGAUUGAAACUUAUAAAACUAGCCACCGAGCUAAUAUAUUCAGUGCCAAAUUUUUGCCUUGUAUCAGAGACUCAAGAAUUGUGUCUUGUUCAGGAGAUGGAAUACUAUUGUACACUGAUCUAAUGUCAAAACAGCCAGUGUACAAACCUUUCAACUGUCAUUGUGGAACUGCGUAUGAGGUUGCCACUGUUCCUUUGGACCCACACUCCUUUCUAAGCUGUGGAGAGGAUGGGACUGUCCGAUGGUAUGAUCUUAGGAUCAAGGAUACCUGUAACAAAACAAACUGUCAAGAGGAUGUGAUGAUCCAAUGUCAGCGAGCCGUAACAGCCAUGUCUGUAAAUGCCACGGCUCCUUUUGAACUAGCAAUAGGAUGUUCAGAUAGUACUGUCCGUUUAUUUGAUCGGAGAAUGCUGGGCACGAAAUCUACUGGUAUGAAUAUGAAACAGGCCGAGCCACUAUGUGCCUUCACGGUCCCUACAUUCAAGCGGGCUUACCGUAUAACUUCACUCUGCUUUUCUCCUGAGGGUGAAGAGAUCUUAGUGAGCUAUUCAUCUGAUGACCUGUAUCUCUUCAGUUUAAGGGGAAAGGGAAAUACGCAGUUAAAGUCUCCAUCAGCUUUGUGCCGGAAAGGUAAAUUAAAACUCUCUGUAGCUGCUCCGACUCCUGUACGCCGGUUACGUUUGAGAGGGGACUGGUCAGACACUGGACCAGAUGCUAGACCUGAGAGAGAAGCCGGAGGAAGGGGAGACAUUGCACAGGCAAGGCCAACUCUACAUACUCCUCUAAUGCAACACCUCACUAAUGUAAUUUCACGUUUAUUGAAUGACCCUGCCACUCGAGCCGCACUUACCAGCGGCACUGAUGAUGCUGGAAGCGUUGAAGGUUCUCAAGGAACAGAAGUCACAGCAGGGACUGCAAAUCCACACCCUCACAACAUAGGAAAUAGCAACAAUGAAACCCAACAAGUUCCUCCUCCUACUCCAUUUGAAAGCGAUACUGAAGAAAACAAUCAAGCUAAUGAUGGGGAAGAAUCUGUCAACUUUCGACUAUUUGAAGAACCUGGUACUUCGCAUGCGUCCUUACCAAGCACCUCCCGAAAUAUUUCUAUCCGUUCUGAGGAAGACAAUGCUUUACCCUAUGCAACACCUUUUGAAUUCUGUGAAACACCAUCUCCUGCCAUAGAACAGCCUCAAACUGAGUAUAAAAUAGCUCCUCUUAAAGAUCCAGAUGAUAUCACUGAUCAAAAUGACGGGGAAUCAUCUAGUGGGUUGAGUAUUUCAGAUAUUCCAGACCCCGAGCAAAAUCGAAACAUGAAUACAGUAUUAGAAACAAGUGCUUUAGUGGGUUCAGAUUCUCAAAGCACUGGCGGCUCAAACCCGGCAAAUGACAGUAGCACUGUAGUUGCCCAAAACAGUCACUCAGUUGCUUGCGACUCUGGCAGUGCUCAGCAAAGUAGAACUCAGAAUGAAAUGGAAGACAGUCAUGCAGAGCAAUCUUUCCAAACCUCAACGGGAAUGUAUGCUGAAGCAGGAAUACAUGAACAUGAUCUCGAUACUCUACAGUCACGGCUUGUUGACAUGAGAGAAGGAUAUAUUGAUAGUAGGCAUGGGGUUGAGCCUGGUGUCAGUCUCAGCUAUUCCCAUCUGGGAACAAACUCAAGUGUGAUAUCGCUGAGACCAGAUGAAGGGACACCUGAGGGUGGUGCUCAAACUUCUAGUGGGUCAGUACCAAACAAUGUUACUCCAUCUUUUCCAACACCUGCAAAUGAUCAAGGUACUCAUUCUCAACCUCAACCUGAACCUGAGCCUGAACCUGGCCCCAGCACUCAAAACUUUGGGUCAUCCUCAGAGUCGAAUCCAGAAUCUUUGUUCAGUGACUAUGAUAGUGAGGAGGAUGAAGAAGAAUUAAGAAGAGAGCUCCGAAGUCGUAUAUCACCCCCUGCUUUAGAAAGUUUUCGGAGUAACCUUGAAAUUCCAUUCCCUGAAAUCAAGCAGCAAUACAGUGGGCAUCGCAAUGCAAGGACGAUGAUAAAAGAGGCGACUUUCUGGGGCUCUGAUUAUGUCAUGUCUGGCUCCGACUGUGGUCACGUCUUUGUUUGGGAUCGAGUAACUGCCAAACUUGUGAUGCUGCUCCAAGCUGAUCAGCAUGUGGUGAACUGCCUUCAACCACAUCCGACUGAACCCAUGCUGGCUACCUCGGGUAUUGAUCAUGAUGUUAAGCUUUGGGCACCUAUUGGAGAAGGAUCACAGUUUGAUCAAAGCUUAGCUGAUGAGAUUGUAAAGAGAAAUGCAUUGAUGCUUGAAGAAACAAGAGACACCAUUACAGUGCCAGCUUCGUUCAUGAUACGUAUGGUAGCCUGUUUGAAUCAAAUCAGAAGAGGUGGUCGGUCCAGACCAAGAAGGAGAGGACAAGAAUCUCAAGGAUCUCAAGAUGAGGGCUGAAUCAUUGAUUAAAAAGACAGAAUAAGAACCAGGAAUCUAUAGUUUCUUUGGCUAAUUCAUAAGUAAUGGCUUUCAAAUCAUACCUGAAAUUACCUCUCCCUCUUUCUUAUUUUAGAUAGAAUGGAGAGAUUGGAGAGUUAACUUGUUAGUGUGUUGGGCUGUGCUGUGUUUUCUUCUGGGAAAACAAUCUAGAUUGUUUCAUAUUAUUUGCAAAUACUUUUAAAAUACUUUUAAAAUAUUGUUUUUCCUACCCACACCUUGAACAGCCACUAUUUAAUUAGAGUUUCAAGUUUGACUUUUCAGGGUCCGUACCUUAUACAGGUGCAUAACAAAAUUCUCUUGGAAAACUGUACAAUCUGUGUGGUGAUACAUAGUUACUUUAUUGUUAUUUUGUUCGUCAGCUAUGGUACUGACAUGAAUGCCUGUUUGUGUUAGUUGUUUACAUCAGGCAUGGAAUCGGAUAUUUGUAGUUUUCCUUUUAUUUAUUUUGAACAUUCCGUUACACAUAGAAUACAUUUGAUCUGAUCAGUUUAUGUGAAAGAUUGACAGUACGAAUAUCGGGUAGAAUUUGGCACCAUGUAGGUCAAGUACAGCAAAUGGUUUUUAAAAGAAAAAUUUGAUCUUGUGCAUUAGUUUUACAGUCUAUCAAAUACAAGGAAAAUUCCGAUUCCUCCAGAGCUUGAAAUGUCUAGCACCAAGGGGUUCUUAUUAGUAGAUCCAUACACAAGGGUAGUCAUUGAGGAUUUAGAAGGCAAUGUGGUGAAAUCAAUGUCACUAGCUCAAGCUUCAUUUUCCAUUCGUACGUAUAAAAUGAAUUUUUUAUCUGUUGUAGAAAAUUUUAUCUUGACUUAUGCAUUUGGAGUUUUGACUACGUAGACACUUCGCACUUUCUAAAAUUCUAGGCUUACUAUUCCACAUCUUUGAAUUUCCUGUGUGAGACAAUACAUACUUAUGUGUGCUGUUCAUGGCCAGGGGUGCAUUGUAUUUAAAUAUGACUUUGUUAGAUUUGUGAUUUCUAUGUUACACUCUGUUCUUUAGGGAAAAGAGUAGCUGAUUGUUGAAUGUUCUGUUAGAGUUUACAAUUGCAUUUCAUAAGCAAUUAUAAGGAUAAAGUUUCCGCCAGGAUGUGUAAAUACGUAAAAUUUUAUAUGGGCUAUUGAGUAGAUGCUUCUGGUAUCUGCCUCCCUCUCCAUUCUAAAUACUUUACAACUAAUUCUGAUUAGGUGAAAUCUUAACAUAAGAAAUUUUUGCAAGACAAGUUUCCUGCUGUAUUGUUAUUAUUCAUAUCAGACUCUGAUUUCAUUUGGACGUGAAGAAUUACAUGGAGUGAAUUUUAAUGUGAGUUAUGACAAGUUCGUUUUGUGUUCCCAUAAGUCUUUUGUCUGUACAUACAGGUGUUUUUUCUGUUGCAUAAAUAGUUGAGCUGUGAUUCUAUUUAUGUCUUUUUCUUAAGCUUGAUCGAACUAGUCAUCACUGUGUUGUAUGAAAAACAUGGAUUAUCUUGAUUGAUUUUGAGAAAUAAGAACAAAUGUUCAACUUUUUA